AUGACAUUGGAAUGUUAUUUAUAUGAUAUCAGAGUUUGGUAUGGCAUGGGCAAUAAGUUGGAAAAUAACACACAAUUACCUGUCGUCCAUUACUGGAAAGUUGAAGAUGAAUGUUCGGGGGACAAGUUGUACGAACGCAGUUUCAAUUUGUGUUAUGAAUUCUACCCAUCUGAAAGAAAACCAUGGAAUGAGUCAAGAGAAUUCUGUGAAAGUAAAGGUGGAGUUUUGUUCAUGAUGGAUACGAGCGAGAAAGAACACUUUUGGGAACAGCAAGCUUUACUUCUUUUUGCUGAUGUUUGUGUUGGUACAACAGAUGUAAAUCAUCCUAAUACGUGGAAUUGGUUUAACGGAGUCAAAGUUACUAAUAUUAUAACACGACAUUCAUUUGAUCCAGAUGAACACUGUGGUAUAGUUGUUCAUAGAAAUCUUUAUAGUACUUCAUGUACCUCUAGCUGUAUCCCUUUAUGCGAAUUUCCAACUUCUCCAAACGCGCGAGUGUAA